AUGGCGGGUCGACGCCUGGUUCAAGGACUCACCUCGCCCUGGUCGGUCGGCUUUUCGGCGUUCGGACUCGCUUACGGAGGAUACCACGUCUGGGAGUCAGUUUUCAUAAAAAUGGACUAAAAAUUUGAACUUUUCGGUUCUUUCAAAAAACCUUUACAAAUACGUAAUCCUCUACUGCAAAAUAUUUUAAAAUCGCAGGAAUUUGACCAUAUUUUCAUGAAAACCAGUAAAAAGUUGUUUAAAUGCACAAACAGAAGCUCCAAAUACCGCUUUUUCAUCGAAAAUCGAUUGCAGCUCAACACAAUCGGGCACCAAGUACGAUCUUCACGAGGAUCUGGCCGGAAAAACGUACAUUGUGACGGGCGCCACGUCCGGAAUCGGACAGGUACCAUGGUUUUUUCGAUAAAAACGGGAAAUAAAUGCGAAAUUCAGGCGACGGCGGAAGAGCUGGCAAAACGAAACGCCCGUGUCGUCAUGGCGUGCCGAAAUCGAGAGAAAUGUGUGCAAGUGCGGAGGGAUAUCGUUCUGAACACACGCAACAAACAGGUACCGGCUUGGAAGUACUAAACAUGUCAAAAAAUGAGCAAUGGCUCUGAACCGCCUUGGUUUUUACCUACUUUUGCUUCAAAUUUCCCGACAUAAAUCCCUGAACUUCCAGGUGUACUGCCGUCAAUGCGAUCUCGAGGACUUUGACAGUAUCCGAACGUUCGUGCAGAAACUGUCGAAGGGCAAAUUCGAAUUGGACCGAAUCGACGGAAUUGUGCACAACGCGGCCAUGAUGCAGAGCGAGAGGGCCGUUAAUAAAGUGAGUGAGAAUGUGGAGAAAAAAAAAGGCAAACGUCGAAAAAAAAAGGGGCGAGGAGAGAGAAGGUCGGUUAGCGUGGGAGAAGGCAGAGACGCAGGCGAAAGAGAUUUCGCGCCUGCGUCUCACUUUUUCGCACGCUAAUCGCCUGUCUCUCUCUCUCUCUUUCUCUUGCUCCCUGAUUUUUUUGUCAUCAUUUUCUCUGCAAAAAAUCAACUCAUCUUUUCCGAUUUCUCAGCUUUUUCUAAACAAUCUCUGACAAUUACCUUGCGGAAUUCUGAAGAAAACUGAUCGUGCUAUUCAGAAUUCUUUGAGAACUUUGGUUUUGACAAGGGUUUGCUUUGCGAUGAGAAUAUCAUAACCACCUGCGAAAUCGUCAACUAUUUCUGUGAAAAUGCUCGCUUUUUGCAGGAGGGAAUCGAGAAAACAAUAGCGACGAACCACCUGGGCAGUUUCCUGCUCACGGGCCUCUUGCUCGACAAACUGCUCGCGCAGCCCAACCCCGUUCGUAUAGUCUUCCUCAAUUCGAACAUUAUCGAUCGGAAAUGCGACCUGAAGGUGGCGGACCUCAACGCGGAACAGGAGAAGAAGUUCGACGGGUACGAAGUGUACAAGCACUCGAAACUCGCGUCGGCGCUGUUCGCCAGGGAACUCUCCGAUCGGCUGAGGGACUCGAACGUGAGUGUGCUCGUCGCCGAUCCCGGACGAACCAAGUCCAAUCUGUCGGCGCAGAUGGACGGACAGACCUUCUUCCUCAGCAGAUGGCUCCUCAAAAUUGUCAGGUAACACACAACAUUUUGACGACUUUUUUAGGGUUUAGAACUAAAAUUUCGAACGCCUUUUUUCGACUGAAUUCAUUGUCAUAGUAAAAUAGGAAAUCAUGACCUUUUUUGCAGUUUCGGAAUGGGCGAACGACGGACGGAAAAGGCGGUGAGACCGGUGCUGUUCGCCCUCUGCGACCCCGCCACCGCACAGGACAACGGCAUUUUCAUCGAGUCAGUUGGCACCCUUUUUUUGGUUUCUCUUAUCAGUGCUGAUCACUAAUUUCUCUUUAUCAAUCUAGUCAUUGUACUCCUCCACUUGUACACCCCGAUUUUCAGUUAGUCACUUCACUCUGUUUCAAUCUUUAUUUUCCAGCCGCGAACGAGUACAACAGCCGUGGAAUGACGUCGUGCAGGAUGCGGAGAAACGCGCGAAACUCUGGAAUGUCAGUGUCUCGUGGACCCAACUCGGAGAGCAUCUUCGCAAGGUAAAACAUGCGUCUGUCAACAAAAACACAAAGAGUUGGACACUUUUAUCAGUCUUUAAGCAAACCGGGGCCGGGGGAAAAGUCCGAAAAUCAUGUAAAACGCGUGAAUUUAGUUGAACAACCAAGCAUUGUUUAAUUUUCAGCUGAAAGAGGAACUCGGCGAGGCGGCGCUUCAAAUUUCAGACACGCCGACCGUCAAAUCGGCCGUCGAUGGGUCCGGAGCAUCGGGAAAAAGUUGGAGAACUCUGUGGCUCUGGUGA